AUGUCAAAUCGAUUCGAUAAAUACGACUACUUUUACUCCAUGCUAGGGAACCCCGAAGCAACGUUUCCCACUAUUUCAGCCAAUUUGCACAGAAUCAGACGACACUCCUUAGCACCAUUCUUCAGCGUCAAAGCUGUACAGAAUUUCCACAACAAACUCCAAGGUCUGUCCGAACGAUUAGCAGAACGCAUGAUUGAAUGUAAAGCAACCGGAAAGCCUGUACCGCUCUUCUUGGCAUAUCGAUGCCUGACCGCUGAUGUUAUCAGUGAAUUCAUUUUUGGGCGUCAGUUAGGAAUCAUCAAUCGCGAGGACUUUGGAAGAGCGUUUUACGAAUCUUGGAGAAGUCUCUGGGACUUGAGCCCUGUGAUCCGACAAUUUCCCUGGAUGAUGAAGGUGCUGCUCGGUUUGCCCAGGUGGGUCACAGCCGCACUGAGUCCGAAGGCUCUUGAAGUCAUUGAUAUGCAAGCCCAGAUUGACCAGUGGACUCGGGAGGCAAUCAAUGAUAGCUCGGAGGGGAAAGAUGCCGGCAAAAGUGGUAGCAUAUUGGCUGCGUUAGUGACAACUGAUGAUCUUCCUUCAGAUGAGAAGACAUUUAAGCGUCUCAGUAUCGAAGCCAAUAGUCUUCUGGCCGCCGGAUUUGAGACCACCGGUGCAGUGCUGACACACAUGACAUAUUGCGUUCUAACAGAUCCUCCACGGCGUGCAAAGCUCGUCAAAGAACUGCGCCAGGCCAUACCUGACCCGACCGCGAUCCCAACUUGGCAGGCAUUGGAGAAGUUGCCCUAUCUUACAGCCGUGAUCAAGGAAACCUUAAGGCAUUCUGUAGGCGCAUACUCACGCCUCCCACGAGUCAUUCCUAAACCAAUGAUCUACGCCAACCAUCUCAUUCCAGCAGGAACAGCAGUUGGCAUGUCGGCAUUAUUCAUCGAGCGUAGGGAAGGGAUCUUCUCCGACGCAGAUGACUUCAUCCCUGAACGGUGGCUGGAUCCGGCGGAAGCCAUGAGGCUUGAACCCUACAUCUUGACCUUCGGGAAAGGGAGUCGGGACUGCAUAGGUCGACAGCUUGCCUUCGCAGAGCUGUACAGCGUAACAGCAACGAUCUUCCGGCGGUUUGGAGAGGAGAUAGAAUUGUUCGAAACCACUCAGGAUGAUAUCGAAGCGUAUCAUGACUAUUUCGGUGGAAUGGUGAAAUGGGGUAAUGGCAGGAAGGGGCUGCAAGUGGCCUUUAGCAAGAAGAGCUAA